AUGUUGUUCAACAAGGCCCUCCUCCCUCGUUGUCAACUGCAGCCGACUCCCCCUUCCGCGCACAUUGCUUCGUCACCCCCUCCAGAACGCAUUGCGGAGACGGAUGAACUAACCUCGAAACUCACAGGCUUCGGUAGCAACAACAACAACAACAACAACAACAACUCCUCCGGCUCCCUCUUUGGCAAUAAGCCCGCCUCGAAUCCUUUCGGCUCAAGUACUACAAAUACAGGAGGAGGUCUGUUUGGCGGCUCCACAAACAACACAGCCGGAUUUGGCAGUUCAACAGGAGGGUUUGGCAACAACACAAGCACUUUUGGCAGCAAUACCAACACCAAUUCCGCCUUCACUUUCGGCAAUGCCAACAAACCUGCCUUUGGUUCCAACACCAGCUCCACACCACUUUUCGGUCAAGGUGGCGCAGGAACUACUGGCACUUUCGGCACGCAAAAUGCCUUUGGCGCUGCGGGAUCCGGAACUGCAUUGAGCAAUCAACCGGUCCCUCCUUCGGAAGGCACUGCUUCAACCCCGUACGCGCCGACCUUGGAGAAGGACAAUGCAGGUCAGAAUAGCAAUUAUCAGAGCAUCAACUUCAUGGCGCCUUAUCAGAAAUAUUCCUUCGAAGAAUUACGCUUAGCGGACUACAAUGCCGGUCGUCGUUAUGGUAAUGCCACAGGUCAGGCAGGCGGAUUUGGGUCGAGUACAUUUGGAGGCUUCGGCUCAAGUAGUACUCCGGCCUUUGGUAGCAAUACCACGAGCAACAAUCCCUUCGGUUCCGCAACCACAUCCUCGACAGGAUUCGGCACAAAUUCUUCGACGACUGGAUUUGGCAGUGGCGGACUUUUCGGGAAUAAGCCAGCCGGAAGUGGCUUAUUUGGUCAACAGUCCUCAGGAGCCUCUUCCGGUGGACUUUUUGGAUCAGCCAACAAUACUGCAACAAAUACUUUUGGAGGCGGAAAUACCGGUUUCGGAUCCGGCGGCGGCCUCUUCGGGAACAACGCAAGCCAGAACAAGCCAAACCCCUUUGGCGGCAAUACUAACACUCCGACCUUCUCGUUCGGCAACGCCAAUACCAAUACCAACACAGGCUCUGGUUUGUUCGGCAACACCAAUACUUCGAGCACCAAUGCUUUUGGCGGCAAUCAACAGUCGGGUGGACUUUUCGGAAGCAAUCAACAGAAGCCGCUCUUUGGCAAUACAUCUGGAGGAUUCGGGACAACUACAACUCAGAAUCAGUCUUCAGGUGGACUGUUUGGCAACACCAACGCCGGCAAUACCGGUGGCGGCCUUUUCGGCAACACGAACACCUCUAAUACCAACACGGGGGGGGGAUUGUUCGGUUCUAGUAACACUAAUACCGGCACUUCACUUUUCGGGAACAAUGCCAACAACGCUUCAAAGCCAGGGGGCCUUUUCGGAGGAAGCACAUUUGGGAAUACCAACACUGGGACUACUGGAGGUGGUCUGUUCGGGGGGAAUACUGGAGCUAACAACCAGCAAUCGAGUGGCCUGUUCGGCAACACCACCAACAACAAUGCUCCUUCAGGAUUUUCGUUCGGCAACAACGCAAACAAGCCAGCAACAACUUCUCUCUUUUCCAACACCAACACCAAUCAGCCUGGAGGUCUUGGGGGUUCGACCGGUAAUUUUGGGAGCUUUUUCGGAAAUUCACAAAACAAUCAACAGGGCAACCAGCAACAGCCGGAAUUCAAGCAUUCGUCGUUGAAUGAUCCAAAUCCUUAUGGCCAGACCUCCAUCUGGACAGGACUGCCAAUGCCAACACCCGACAACUCCAAGCCCCUUUUCACCCCGUUGUCGGCGACUCAGAAAAUGAAAGAGAGCCAGUCGAAGCCACCCCCAAGCCUACGACUCAAUCAGUCACGAUAUAUGACCCCUCCGCGACGCUCGGGUUUCGGCUUCUCCUAUUCCACUUAUGGCACCCCGAACAGUGCAGCGAGCACACCUGGGGCAAGCGGAUUGAGCAAUAGCAUGUACGGUAGCCGGAGCUUCAAUGGUAGCAGCUUUGGCCGCUCAUUCGGCAAGAGCGCAUCUGCCAGCAACUUGAGGUCUCAAUUCAACGGAGAUGGCGAGAGUAUCCUUAGCCCCAAUGCUUUUGCUGCCACCAACUCUAGGUGGUCCAGCGGCAACAUGCGUCGCCUGACCAUUGAUCGAAGCAUUAGAAAUGAUCUUUUCAGUCGUCCCUCGUUACCAGCUUUCCCAACGAAUGCUCUCGACAAACCGGUUAAUGGCAACGCCGAGGUUGCGAUCACGAACGGCGAAAUUACGGACUCAGGAAACAAGCUCAAGAAACGUGUGAGCUUCGACAAAGAUACCACCGGAGGCCCCAACGGCACAUUGAAUGGGGAGUCAGGGGCUGUGGUUAGGACCGACACCGAUGACGACGAAGUUGACUCGGGAACUCACGGAAGAGAUUUAAAUGGACGUGCCACUCCCGAGACUGAAUCUGUUAGAGGCAAUGAGCUCGCCGUUGUCCCCGAGGACCGUGAGUCCGACAAUGUGGUCUCCAGCAAAACAACUGUGCAGGCCAAACCCGACCCUCAACCCGGAGAUUAUUGGAUGAAACCGUCUCGAGCCGAACUCAGCAAGAUGCCACGCGAGAAAUUGCAACGAUUUGUUGGGUUCGAGGUCGGGCGAAAGGGAUGUGGUCGUGUUGUUUUCAAUGGUCCCGUUGAUCUCACCGCCCUCCCCUUGGAUGACCUGUACGAAAAGAUUGUCGAGAUUCGCCUUCGAUCUGUGACGGUUUAUCCAGAUGCAAGCUCCAAGCCACCGGUUGGAAAAGGUCUCAAUGUUCCAUCCACCAUCUCCAUCGAGAAUUCCUGGCCUCGUUCCCGUGGACAACCGUCCUCCGCGACAAGUGGACCAGUCUUUGAUAAGCACGUCAACAGACUUCGGAAGAUGCACGGUACUGAAUUUGUCAAUUACGAGAUGACAACUGGUGUGUGGACUUUCAGAGUGCCUCACUACACCCGCUAUGGUUUGGAUUACGACGAUGAUGACGACGGACUCGGCCAGAGUCAGCUUUCUGUUCCACCUGACUCUCUUGGCCCUCAAUUCAGGGACGCCUCGGUCAUGGAGGUUGAUAGUGAAGAACAAGAUGAUUAUGAGGAUGACGGAGAUGACACCUUUGCUUUCAAACAGAAGAUCGUCCCCGGCGGUUACAGCCGACGAUCUACUAUGGAUUACGACGUUGACGCUUCCACUGCUCAGACCGUCGAUGAGAAAGGACCAAGCCCCGAAUUGGCCGGACAGUCUGAAGACGAGGCAUCCGACAAUGAAGUCAGUAUGGCUGGGUCAUAUCCCCCGCCCGCAGUGCCCACUCUUGAUAUGAACAGCCCAAACAGGCCGAUCUUAAAAGUCAGUCGCAUGGACACCCCCGGCAAAGGUCUCAUCACCCUUGAUGGCGACUGGGCGGAUCAGCUUCAGCGUACCAUCAGCCCACGCAAGCAGAAUCGAGAUGCUCUACGAGAUGUCCAGAGCAAAGUCUUACUCGACCGUGCGUACGAACCGAUCAAACCCAAAACCGUCAAUAAGAACGAUUUUCGAACCAGUAUCGACAUAAUGAAUUCCUUGUUCAGCAAACACGAAGAGAGAAUGGCAGCAAAGGGAAAGAAAGCACUGGCCGAGCCGGAAUUUGAGGUUUGA